AGCCCCAUCUCGACGCGGGUCCGAUGGCCAAGCUCAGUCUUUCCGUACGUGUGGACAGCCUUGUGCCCUCAGGAUGACAUUCAGCAAGGUGGCCUGCUGAAGACCCGGUGGUUGAAACGCAGCCAUGUGAAUGCGAUGUCUUUUCAUGGGAUCAAAGUAACUAUGAAAGUUGACAGAGGGAAAUGAUCGACUCAAGCUCGAAGUAUAAAGUACGCACACUUCGCUCUCUAUACCCCCAUCACAACAAGUUUCGGCAACACUACAAACGACUACUCAAAACAACACUAUUUCUGCAAUCAUGAAGACUUUCACCACCUCCGCUAUUCUUGUCUCUGCCCUCUUCACGGCUUUGGUGUCGGCCUCUCCCGCCGUUCUGUUUUCCAACGCCAACGUUGACCCGGCGGAAUGCGCUGAACAAGGUGGUGUGCUUCAAACUGCAGCCAGCGACCUCCCGGAGGGAGCAGUCCUUUCCGACGUUCGUAAAUGCGUGGCACAUCCGCUCGGGCGUGACCGCCUCAAGGAAAAUUGGUCCCUUCCUCCCCUUGAAGAGGAUCCUGCCGCCAAUGCGACGUCCCCAGCCGCUCGCGAUGUACAGGAUAUCUCUCAGGCGCAAGCCUGUUACUACGACGCAAAGUACGGAUGCACAAAGAAGGGAGAUACAGGAUACUGCUGGAAGCACUGCGGUGAGAACGGAAAGUGGUGCUGGACUGCUAGUAACCUUGGCUUGGGAGACUGGAUCACUUGCAGCACGUGGGCGGAUUGUGGCACAACGACAUAUGCAUGCGGUAUCGGGGGUGCAAGCGGUGGGUGCGGAUGCUAA